UGUUCUCUGUGGCUGUGUGUGUAUAGAAUCACUGGCAGUCUGAUAGUGUUUCAGUAACCUGUGCCACGCGCAGAGCGAGAUGUACUCACCAACCAUCUGCUUGCAUGGCACGGGUUAACUGAGCCUGUGGGAUUGUGCUUACCUAAACAAAACCACUGCAGUGAGGGGAAAAACAAUGAAUGGGUGGAGAUGAUCAGCCCAUGCAUUCCAGCUAGUGCAGUCCAGGCAGCAAUGACAGCCUGAAGGUUGCAGCAGCAUCGGGAUCAGCAUUCCAAGUGCACCGAUCUUACAGUCUGGAGUGAUUUUACGUGGAGCUGUUCUUUAUUUGCUGAGCCAUGGCCAGUAACCAGGCCAGCCUGCAGGAUGAUCAGAGCAGGCACUGCAAGUUCUUAUCCUAUAUGUUCUACCAGGCUGUGAGAGAUCACAAACCUGUGUGGAUGCUGGAAGACAUGAGAACUAUGGAGUAUUUUUACUGGGAGGAAAAUGCCAGCCUUCGAACCUACUCACCUUCAGAAGCCCUUCUCUAUGCAGUGGUGCAUAAUCACCUGCCUUAUGCUCAGUAUCUGCUGUCUCAUUUUCCAGAGGAGGCUCUCAAGGUGCCUGGGGAACAUUUCUGCUAUUGUCCAUCCUCUGCUCCUCACCUAGCCAUGGCGGUCACAUAUGACAGGAGAGAUAUCUUGGGACUGAUCAUCAAAAUUGCACACAAGCUCCCCAGCUUGAACUCCUAUAUCAAUAGGGCUGGUUGCUUUCAUCUGGAAGAUGGGAAAACACCCCUGCACCUUGCCUGUGAACUGCUGAGGUCAGAAACGGUCCUCAUCCUCCUCGGGAAUGGAGCAUCUCCCAGGAUAGAGGACAGUAAAGGGCUUACCCCGCUGGACGUCAUCCUGGAGCAGAUGUGGGACUCCAAAGUCAAUGUCGCAUCAAAGAAGCUCUGCCUCGACUACCUCUUGCUCUUCAUGCCCAACCCACAGUUUAAGAUGCGGAAAGUUCUGCAGGAGCAUCCAGACCACUGGACAGCUUUGCUGGGAGAAGACAAAUUCAACAGCCUGGUGGGGAACACACCUGCUUCUUUAUAUCUGCAAGCUAUGCAAACUAUUCUCCAGACUCUUCCCCCUUCCCACUUCCCUAAAAGCAUCCAGGAACUACCUAUACCUCAGGCACUAAAGCCCUUACCAUCCUACGGCAAAAAGCUACCGGCAAAAAAUAUGGCACGGCACUUUUAAAGGCAAAAGCCUUCCUCGUUUUCUGUUUUGUUGUGCAUGUGAAGGGUUAACUGUAGUUGAGACUGUGUUAUGUUUGGUUUCUUAGUUGUCAGCUGGUAUCAGUGUAUCUGAAUUCCCAAUAUGAUAACUGUAUCCUGUGUAAUGCACCUGGGUUAAAAGGAACUACGUGCCCAGUGGGAUUUUCAAAUGGUGUCACUGUGGGACUGUGUUCUGCUAGAGCUGGGAGAAAUACCAUCCCCUACCAACAAGGUUCAAACAUCGUGUUUCCUUUCUAACAAUGAUCAAGCAUUAUUAGUAAUAACCACAAAGUCCAUGGCUGAUGCUGCAGGGAUGCAGAUGCAAUUCCUGUAGGAUAACUGAUCCUACCGAGUUACUUUAUGGCAGGUCAUGGUGUGGAGGGCGGGAGUUCAGAGAGGGGCAGUGAGUGUAUAUUCCUGGGGGAUGGGAAAUAAAGAUCCACAGAAAAGAUAAUGGAGACUAUCCAGUCUCACCUGGGAGCAAGGGGGUUAAAGGCAAUCCCAGCCCUGAUGCCUCUACUUGUGCAAUGGGGAAAGAACCAUUUUCCCUGCUGUCCAGUAAACAAGUGGCAAUUGGAGCAGGGACCGUGGGAGCCCUGUCUUUCAUAAGUGACAUUAUUUCUCCUUGACCUGUGUUUUAGCAUGUAUCUCUACAGGAGAUGAAGCUCACUAAUUUGAUUUCCCUGUGGGUCUCAGCGCCACAGGCAUUUGUUAGUUAUCCUCAGCUGGGGUAUGAUAUGCUGCUCUUAAAAGUUGUUACUUGUUGUCAAUUGGAAUAUUUUUGCCACUCAGAUCCAGACAGAAGUCCUUAUCCUGGAAAUUACAAAAUGUUCCCACUGACUGGGCACUGUGGGCAGGGUGAAUUUGCAGAAAGCUGGGCUGGGGCUGGGCAGUCUUCUGGGUAGCUCUGAACCAUGCUGCCCUCUCUGCUCAAGGCACUGGUCCUGCUCUCCGGGCUGUUCUCAGCACCAGCAGAGCAGUGGCAGAAUCACGACUCCCUUUGGGGGACAUCCCUUAUUUUGGACCCCAGCGGUUCCCCCUCUUUGUAAGUGCAACCCUCUGUUCUGCUGAAGUAGCAUAACUCACUUCCCAGAUCCAUACUGGGCAGCAGAGAGGGAGGAACUCACUCUUCUCUUCAGCUGGAUUUGGAGCCCAAGGCUGUGGAGCACAAACUGCUUUCCACAAGGCUCUAGAUAAGAAAGGAUGUGCAGUCAAAUAUCAAUUGCUUUGUGCAAAAAUGGCUCGUGUCUCAUCUGGCUAAUUCCCUGCCUGUGCCAAGGAGGCCAUGCUGGACCUGCGCCCUUCUUUCCGUCAGCACAGGGAGAACUUCCAUUUAGUUUCCCUCUGCGUGGGCUACCUCCUGUGUGCCAGGACAUUGGCAAUGCCAGCCAUGGCCAGGUGGAGAUUUACUGUGAUGCUGCAGAACAUGCCACUGACAGCUACCUGGAACAUCUUUCCUGAGACACUGGGAUGCUCCUCCCAGCCAUCUCUUCCCACAUGCCGUGGGAGAACCUCAGUUCCGGUGCGACUUGCGCUGGGCCAGGUGAAUAAGCAGGCUGGCUGGUGAGGUAGAGAAAAUGUCAGCCCAGCCCUAAAAGUGGCAAGCAGGCCAUGAAGGAGUUAACCCUUCUCCUGAAAUCCCGCAUCCCUGGUGCUGCAGUGUCCCUCCACCCCUGCCCCUGGGGACUUGAAUGUCCUUCUCCAUCUGUGUCUAUUCCUCCGCCUUCAAUGGGGGAGGCUGCGAACGGGGAAAUGCAGGGUCAGUGCUGGGUGAGGGUUUUGGGGGAAGGCUGCUCGCCCAGCAGCCUGUGCUGCAGACAGAGGCUGUCACAGCUUGGGAAGCAAAGGCAGAUUUGCAUUAUAAGCGGUGGCUCAGCUGCUUCUGCCGAGCCCUCAGGCUCCCCAGCACCGGCACAUAUUCCCCCGAAAACCCGGAGCUGGAGGCAGAGGACAGAGCAGGCUCUCAUGGCUGCCCGGAGUGACUAUGCAGAGCACGGCCCCUGUGGCACCCCGCGAAUUCAGAGGAGCAGGAUUGGGUUUGUCCCCGCAGCGCUGCGGUAUCUCAUCCGGAUGUCGGUGGGUGAGAGGCGGAGGAGGCUGGUGAAGGAUAUUAUUAGAAUAGUAAUUAGGUCCCGGGAGCAGAGAUCCCGGGAAAGGAGGAAAUGGAAAUCAUCCAGUGCUAUUGCACCGGCUCGAAACCAUGUGAGUUUCAGUGCUGUAAAGAGUUUCAGAAAAGACAGAAGCGAGGGCAGGGCUGUUCAUCUUACAAAUCCAAGGAGGCAGGUAGGCACUGUCGACAUUACCAGAGAGCACUUUCCUAUUAAGGCAGGAGGCUGUACUCAGAGAGCCGGAGCAGCCCACUGGGAGCAAGCGAGUGUAACAUGGUGCAGGGGUCUCUUGUUGGCUGCUAUAGUUGGGAUCAAUGCAGAGGUCAGGAAUCAGGCACUUCAGGCUUUAUGGGUGGAUUUGUAGCAGACAGCAGGAUGCUUUGUGUGCAUGCAUUUGUCCGUGUGGGAGGCUCCCCUCAAUCCACCUGCCAAGGGAGAGGAUAGAAGAUUAAUUGUCUUGAACAGUUUCUUCCUGGGGCAUUCCUGUGACUGGUACCCCAGCCUGGAAGAAAGCUGCUGGUCUACUGUUGGCCAACAUGUAAAAUUCUGGUGUGUCCAGCCCAGAGUGUAACAGGCAACUAAGCACACAGGAAAGAUCACUCCACUCCCGCCCCCCCCUCCCCCAUUCCUCCUUUUCCUGACCGUUUUAGAGAGAUGAAGCACCAGCUGGCUCUCAAUCACAUCAGGCUUCCCAUGUGCAGUCCCAAUGGGCCAAAGUUUAGGGUCAUUAGCAUGGUAGUAACAAUUCUUUCCAUUGCCUGUAGCAAUAUGACUGCAGGACAGGCACUCCUUCUGCUGGAAUGGGGAAAUCUUUUCCCUAAACCAUGUUUGCUUAUAUUGUGGUGAUCAGCCUGUUAGUUUGAGAUCCCAUUUGUCUUCCUGCUCAAUACAGUGACAUUACAUCAGAUAUGGCCAAAUCUACCUCAGCCCUGUCUGUGUUGGUUUUUUUCCUCCAUUCUUUCUAAGCCAGGUCAUUAGCAAAAGUAAACUCAAAAUAUUUUGCAGACUUCCUGCAACCUGAUGGUCUUGAAAAAUCCCUUUGCUUGCAUGGCAAAUAUGUUGGUGAGUUUGUUAAUCAAAAAGAGUGCAGGGUGCUGUGUGGUGAUGUUUACAUUCUGCAUAUCUACAUACUGAGUAAGUGUCUCUAAAAUCUGUAUUUCUGAACUUGGGAAAAAGAAUAAAGACAAGAGAGAAAUGGGGAGAGGGUAAAGUCUUUUCUGAUCUUUGGAUUUAGGUUGGUUCUACAGGUUACAUCUUUUUAAUUUCAAUUUUGAGGAGAGGCAUUGUAAGGAUCUGAGUUGUCUGUAUGUGUGAGCCUUUGGUUUUGGUGAGAAGCACUUCAGUGAGCACAGUGGGGGGGAUGGGAGUGAGUGAAAAUGCACAGAUGCGUGUGUGCACGUGUGUGAGUGCCUGCCCUCUUGUCACACAUGUGAGUGUGUAUGCCCUCUUGUCACACGUGUCUUCAUUCCCUCUUGUCACACAGGUGUGUCUGCCCUCUUGUCACACGUAUCUGCAUUCCCUCUUGUCACACGUGUGAGUGUGUCUGCCCUCGUCACACAGGUGUGUCUGCCUGCCCUCUGUCACACACGUGUCUGCUUGCCUUCUUGUCACACAUGAGUGCCUGCCCUCUUGUCACACACGUGUGACUGUCUACCUGCCCUCUUGUCCCACAUGUGUGAGUGCCUGCCCUCUUGUCACACACGUGUGAGCGUCUGCCUGCCCUCUUGUCGCACACGUGUGUGUCUGCCUGCCCUCUCCUGGCGAGCCCGUAAUCGACUGCCAGCACUCACCCACUGCACUCCUCGUACCAGCACUGAGCGAUGCCCUACGGAAGCAGCCUUUUCACAAGGUCAGUGUGUGUGUCCCAGUCUCUGUGCUGCUGACAGGUAAGGACAUUUCUUCUUCUCUUGUAAAGAGACAGCAGUUUUGGUUUUCUUUCUAAAGUGGGUGUUUUACCCCAAACACCAAGCACAAGGGCUUCUGCUUGCCAGCAACUACAAUCAUCACUACAAUCAUCCAGCAAAGGGUUUGUGAUGCUGGCCACACUUUAUUCUAGAACACAUUUUUUUAAAAAAUAAAAUCUCUUAAACAUACAUCUUUGUCUUUCUAUUUUUCUGGGUUGCCAGCAAAAUUCAGCUACCUAUGACUUCCUAACCCUAUGCUUCUGUCUAUUUCUGCAGCAUCAUUAGCAGGAAGGACAGGACAGAUUCUGACCUCAGUUACACCUCCCUGCACCUGAAGUAACGCUUUUUAAGUCACUUCCAUCACUACUGAUGUUUGUUGGUCUAAAUGAAAACAAACCCUUUGUGCAUUUGUGUUCUUCAAGGCUCCAUAACUCUGACUUCAGCAUACAAAUAAAUGUGACACUUAAUCCCUGAAAACAUUUUUUAUAUUUUUCAUACUCUGAAUGUAUAUAGAUAUAUAUUUUCCAUCUCUAACAUCGAUGGCAUUUCCCUGUUCCCAGCUCCCUUGGCAUUUUUGGAAUCAGCAUGGCAGUGACAGAUGCAGUUGUUCACUUAUUAAAACUGAAUAUUGCCAUGCCCAAGUACAAAUGAAUGUUCAUUGUGUGAUAUAACUUUCUUAUAAAGCCAUACUUUUUAAAUUUUGGUUUCUCUUUUUUAGGGGUGAAAAAAAAUCUUCCCUAUAAUUGUGUUUCACAUUACUCGCUGCAUGAUUAAAGAUAAAAAAGAUUGUAACGUGCUGGAAUAAAGUAUAUAUACAUAGCCUGAUGUAAUUAGGUAUACUAGCUGUGAAAAUCAUUUAAUCUGAUUGUAUUACUAUAAUAAACUUGCAAUAUAAAAUUGA